GUAAACAACUCCCACAGACCGCAGCUCGCCUCGGCGAAGCCGGUGCGUAAAAACCCUUCCGCCGAGGGAAGUAGGGCCCGCUAAUCGCUCGAUUUCCUAAACGUUCGCGACCGUGAGACGUCCGCUCUCGCGCACGUAACGCACAGCGAGGGAAGGGAACGGCUCGGAACCGCGAGGGAUUGGGCGUCCGGACGGGGAAAGCCGCCGUGUUUAAAAUGGAGGCGCCAGCCCGGACCGCGGCACAGCGACGCGCCGCCGCCGCAGCGCAGGGACGUACUGCGAGCGACGGGCGGCGGAAAAACUAGAGACGCGCGUUCCCCGGACACAUUGUGCUGCUCCUCCGCCUGGAGAAACCCGGCAGCGGGGGACAUGCCCGGCAUGAUGGACAAAGGCUCGGAGUAUCUGGGCAAGGGGCGCUCCAACGGAACCAAAAGCCCCUCCAACGCGUCCAACGGUCAUUUUUCCGAGGAGAGUGGAAGCGACGACGAGCACGAUGUCGGAAUGCGCGUCGGAUCCGACUACCAGGCCAAUAUUCCGGAUUUCGAUCCCGGUCUGAGCAGAUACUCGGAUAAAGACAGCGGAGGGAUGCUGGUCUGGUCUCCCAACCACACCAUUAUGGACUCUAAACUGGAUGAGUACAUCGCCAUCGCCAAGGAGAAGCACGGUUACAACGUGGAGCAGGCUCUGGGGAUGCUGUUCUGGCACAAGCACAACAUAGAGAAGUCUCUGGCCGACCUGCCCAACUUCACUCCUUUCCCAGACGAGUGGACGGUGGAGGACAAGGUUCUGUUUGAGCAGGCCUUCAGCUUCCACGGCAAGAGCUUCCACCGGAUCCAGCAGAUGUUACCAGACAAAUCCAUCUCCAGUCUGGUGAAAUACUACUACUCCUGGAAGAAGACCCGCUCCAGAACCAGCCUGAUGGACCGGCAGGCCCGGAAACUGGCCAGCAGGAACAGCCAGGAUGACAGGUAUGAUGAGGAAAUGGAAGAGGCCAAUCCCAUCGAAGCAAAUGACAGUGACUACGACCCGAACAAGGAAACCAAGAAAGAGAGCCAGGUGGAGCCCCUGACGCUGGGCUCUAAAUUGGGAAUAGGCCGGCGGGAACACCAGACCCUACAACACCGCCACCACUCCCAGCGCUCCAAGUGCCGUCCACCCAAAGGCAUGUAUCUCACCCAGGAGGAUGUGGUAGCCGUGUCCUGCAGCGCCAACGCCGCCAGCACCGUCCUCCGUCAGCUGGAUAUGGAGCUGGUGUCCCUGAAGAGACAGGUUCAGAAUGCCAAACAGAUGAACGGCGGUCUGAAGCACCUGAUGGAGUCUGGGAUUGACGAGUUCAGGCUCCCAGAGUGCAACCAGAAAGUGAACGCUCGCUGGACCACCGACGAACAGCUGCUCGCCGUUCAAGGGGUCAGGAAGUACGGCAAAGACUUCCAGGCGAUCGCCGAUGUCAUCGGUAACAAGACUGUUGGCCAGGUGAAGAACUUCUUCGUAAACUACCGGCGCCGUUUCAACUUGGAGGAGGUACUUCAGGAGUGGGAGGCGGAGCAAGGAACCCGAGCCCCCAAUGGAGACAGCGCCACCUCUGGCGAGGAGGGGAAGAACUGCUCCACAACUCCUUCAGGGAAGAGCACAGAUGAGGAGGAUGAGGAGGGUCAGGUGACCUCCUCCGGUCCAUCUCCCGUGGCGACCCAGACUCCAGUGACAUCCAGCGCCUCCCUCAACCAGCCCCCCCCUCUGCUCCGCCCCUCCUUGCCGGCUACGCCUGCGCUGCACCGCCAGCCUCCCCCUCUGCAACAGCAGGCCCGCUUCCUCCAGCCCCGCCCUGCCCUCAACCAGCCCCCACCCCUAAUACGCCCCUCCAACCCCCUGCCCCCCCGCCUAAACCCUCGCCCGGCUGCCCCUGCCUCCCUCAACAACAGCCCCGGGGCUGUGGGGGCCAGUCUGAGCUCCUCCCAGCAGAUGUCCGGCCUGGCAGGCCACCAAUCAGAAACAGCCUCUUCGUCAUCCCUCCACUAAUGGCUGAAGCCGAUUGUGUGGAGAAGGCGGGACAUCAGCAGAGGAAGAUGUUUGUCGUCUUUGUGGAACCUGUCAGUCACAGAUGUUUAACUGGAGUCUGUUUCCUGAUUUUGUUUGACCUUACAGUUGAGCUAUGAUGUUAGUAAAGGUUGUGGUUCGCCUAUCAGAGCUGUCAUGUCACCUUGUUGGAAAAGUAACAACAGACGGAACAAAGAAGAUUUCUAAGAAGGUUGAAUCAGUUCAUCUGGACUCGGCGUUUAUUGACAGAUAUGUUUCGUCACUCAACUAAGUCAGUACGUUUACAUGAUGUUAGAAAAAGUGGAUUUAUUGUGUUAGUCCGACUAAAACUGGACUUUUAAUAAACAUGUAACCAACCGUGUUUGUCCGACUGAAAUUGUACUAGAUUGAAUUUCUGGAAGCGGGACUAACACACCUAGAUGAUGCGGUUGGGGAUGGAUUUACUCUGGCAUGUAUACGCUUCAGUCGGCCCUGAACUGGCCUUAGCGUUCUGUGCAUGGACCAUAGUUCCCGCGGCCCAAUAGCAACCAGCUGAAAGGGGGCAUAGCACCACCUACCGUACCGGGGUCGGACAUACUUCUGUCAAUAAAUCGAUUCUCCCCCCGGUUCUUGUGUACUGGAAUGACGACAGUAGUCCAAUUACAUGGCCUAACCGAGCUGUAACCGUAACACCACUUAACUUUGCAUGUAAACACAGUCAGUGUUGGGGGAAUUGGGGAAUAGUUGCAAUCACAGUAUUGUAACCAUUGCAACUAUUCCCCAGUCCUCUGUGACUCGUACACAAUGGCCGUUGUAACUCUAGUUAAUGGUCACUCCUAUUUGCAUAUGAACCCGGUUGUUGGUUUGGGUCGUUAUGCCCCUGUAUUGUUUAUAAGGGUGGGGACACCUGCAGUCAGGUGAGACUGAAGAGGUCACUUAGAUGAUGAUGAGACAUUUCUGUCAGUAAACGUUGUGUCCAGAUGA